AUGAAUUAUCAAUUAAUUGAAUGGUACCGAAAAAAUCCAGAUAAAGGCCCUGCUUGUGAUAUUUUAUUUGGUGAUUUUAACCAGCAUCGUUUAUCACAGAAAUUAAUAAGUAUUAUGAUGUCAACCGAUGGGAAACCAUUAACAACAUCAAAUAACUCAUCAAUCUGGCCGGUGGUCGGUAUGAUUGCACAAAUACCUCAUCCCAUCAGAGAGUAUCAGAAGAACAUUAUGCUUUUUGGACUAUGGCAUUCAUGUGUGUCUCCUAACCCAGAUCGUUUGCUAUCUUCCAUUGUACAUGAUCUCAUGGUUCUGCGUGCUGGUGGUUUAACGAUCGAUGUGGGAACAGAAAGUAAUUAA